AUGCUUCUCGGAAUCGGCAUGGGCUUGAAAGAAGUCACGGUUCCUGUCUUCUCCGCCGAGAACUCCCCCACUCUUAUCCGCGGUGGCCUGGUCAUGUCUUGGCAGGUCUGGACUGCAUUCGAGUCCCCUCGAUGGUAUCUCAAGAAGGGCCGCCACCUCAAGGCAUGGGGAUCGCUUCUGCGUCUGCGCAACACGCCGCUGCAGGCCGCGCGAGACCUGUACUACAUCCACGCGCUGCUCGAGUAUGAGGAGACAUUGGUUCUGGAGUCCGGGUUGAAGGUUACGAGUAACAUGUUCACCCGCUUUGUCGAGCUGUUCACGAUCCCGAGAAUCAGGCGCGCGACAUGGGCUGCUGGUAUUGUCAUGAUUGCGCAGCAGAUGUGUGGAAUCAACAUUAUCUCGUUCUACAGCUCGACUAUCUUCAAGCAGAGCGGCAUCAGCGACUACACUGCACUCUGGGCCAGUUUCGGAUUUGGGUUGAUUAACUUUACGUUCGCAUGGCCUGCUGUCUGGACCAUCGACACCUUCGGCCGACGAACACUCUUGCUAUUCACUUUCCCGAACAUGUUCUGGACCCUGCUAGUUGCUGGUCUCUGCUACCUCAUUGACAGCGACGCUGAAAAGAGUACCGCCAGAAUCGCAGCCGUUGCAACAUUCGUCUACCUGUUUGCCGCCUUCUACUCCCCUGGUGAGGGCCCUGUCCCCUUCAUGUACUCGGCCGAAGUCUUCCCUCUUUCCCACCGUGAGAUUGGCAUGUCCUGGGCCGUCGCGACCAACAAUUUCUGGGGCUCGAUACUGUCCCUGACCUUCCCGCGCAUGCUCAUAGCCAUGACCGCGACGGGCGCCUUUUCCUUCUAUGCAGGCCUCAAUCUGGUGGCUUUAGCGCUGAUCUUCCUGUUCGUCCCUGAGACGAAGCAAAAGUCACUCGAGGAGCUCGACUACGUCUUUGGUGUGCCGGACCGGAAGCACGCGUCGUACCAGCUCAAGACUGUGCUGCCGUGGUGGAUCAACAGGUGGAUUCUGCAGAAGAAGGGCGCCAAAUGCCCGCCUCUUUACCAUGAUGAGAAUGCCGAGAACCAACCCGGUGGGGAGUAA